AUGGAGUUGAAAGUAUUUCCCUCCCAUCUCCGAUAUGCUUUCUUGGGGGCAAAUAACACCUUACCGGUGAUCAUUGCAGCUGACUUACUUGAAUGGCUGCUUUAUAGUGAUUGUAAGCCGAGUGUUGAACAUCAGCGGAGAUUGAACCCACCGAUGCAAGAGGUGGUGAAAAAGGAGAUAAUAAAGUGGUUGGAUGCAUGUGUGGUAUACCCUAUUGUGGAUAGCAAAUGGGUGACUGGCCACUUAUCAAGAUUAGAAGGCAAGGAAAAUGAAAAGCUGGAUAUCGACAUAAAUGAUGCCUUUCCCAAUGAACAGUCUGCAGACCAUAUCAUUAGGAAAUGUGUUCCGGAGGAAGAAGCCAUCGAAAUCCUCCAUGCUUGUCACGCUUCACCGGUUGGGGGUCAUCAUGGCAGUGUACGUACAACUGUUAAAGUCCUUCAAAGUGGUUACUACUGGCCGUCCUCUACAAAGAUGCUCAUGAGUUUGUUAAGAGAUUAUGUUUCUAAAUGGGUGGAGGCUGUUGCACUUCCGAACAAUGAAGGGAAAAGUGUUGUUCAAUUCCUAAAACGUUACAUCUUUGCUAGAUUUGGUACUCCUCGGGCUAUUAUUAGUGAUGGAGGAUCCCAUUUUUGCAACAAGUAUUUUGCAUCCGCAUUGAGCAAGUAUGGAGUGAAACACAAAGUACCACCUCCGUAUCAUCCCCAAACGAGCAGCAAAGUUGAAGUGUCAAAUCGAGAGAUCAAGAGUAUCCUAGCCAAGACGGUGAAUGCAAAUAGGACUGAUUGGUCUCGAAAGCUUGAUGAUGCUCUAUGGGCGUAUCACAUUGCAUACAAAACACCAAUUGCUCUAAAUCUGGACUGGACAAAGACUUCAAAAGAGAGAGCAGAUCAGCUAAAUGAGUUGGACGAAUUCAGGUUCAGGGCGUAUGAAAGUUCAGCUCUUUGCAAGGAAAAGAUGAAGAAGUUGCAUGAUUCUAGAAUCCUUAAGAGGGACUUCAGACUAGGAGAUCGACUCAGCCUCUUUGCGGGAAAGCUCAAAUUCAAAUGGUCAGGUCCAUUCAGAGUGCAAGUAAGUGUGAGAGGUGAAUACUCAAUUGGUGGAUCACCGAAGCUUUUCGGCGAGCUCGAUCUAGCCUGCCUUCUGGACUUUGAAAAUGGAACUGAGAUACUGGAACAUUAG